GCUUCACCUAUUCAGCUUGAUAUUGAGAAUGAUAAGGAGAUUGCGUCUGUUGCCGAGCAGAUUGAGAAGAAUAUAGGACGUCUCGAUGUCUUGGUGAACAAUGCGGGUGAGUCAAGGACGGGGUAGAGGAUGUGUGAGGGGUGAGGUGACAUGACUGAAUGUCGGUCACGCAGGAGCACAAUUCGAUGCUUUGGUCGGAGACCAGUUGACCGAACGAGACAUGUGGAACAAGACUUGGAACGUCAACGUCACUUCGACUUGGCUUGUCACCCAGGCCUUUAUGCCUCUUCUGUUCAAGUCGGAAUCCCCCCGCGUGAUUUUUAUCACUUCCGGUACCUCGUCCGUUGCCGAGACGGAGAACGAGGGACUCAUGGUCAACAAGAGUCCCGAUGCAGGCUGGCCGAAAGGGAAAAUAUUCCAAGUUCCAGCAUAUCGAUCGGCCAAGACAGGUCUCAAUAUGAUGUAUAGGGAAUUCUAUAGGAUCUUAGGAAAUGACAAGAUCAAAGUAUUGACCGUCAGUCCUGGAUGGCUCGCUACGGAUCUAGGAGGCGUCGGGAAGGAGAAAAUGAAGCAGAUGGGAGCCAUCGAACCCGAGAAGGGAGGCGAGCUCGUCGCGUCCGUCGUACAUGGCGACAGGGAUGGAGAUGAAGGCAAGGUCGUCAGGGCAGAUGACACUCAGCCAUGGUAACAGUGGCGCCACGCUGGAGAUUAGAGUCUUUCCCCUUGAGGUGUGAGCAGGUCGUCGUGUGUUUGUUUUCUGGUAUAUGCUGGAAUUAGGAUUCUCGCGUGAUUAAAUGCAUCUUUAAGAGCUUCUG